AUGCUGAGAAAUUGGAUCUACAAGAAGCAAAAGAGAAAUACGAAUUGCAAGAGGGAAAAGGAAAGCCAUAAACAGAGGAGUCGAGGCGGAGGUGGGGCGUCGAGCCUUUGUGUCGGAGCCUCGGAGGUGAGGCGGGUCGUCGAGGCAAGGCGAGGAGCGGCCGGAGCUUUUGGGUCGGACUUCGGAGGUGAGGAGUCGAGCGGUCGAGGCGCGAAGAAGAGACUGUGUCGGACUUCGCGAGUGUGUACUGUGUCGAGAGGCUCAAGACGCCGGACGGCCGGAGAGAGCGACUGUGAGAGAGAGGCCCGAGUGACGGAGUGA